AUGGGACGUCCCAAGUCCAAGCCCAAGCCCACACCCAGGGCCUCCAGGACUCGGAAGGGCCGACAGCAAGACGACGAACCGUUGUUCCCUGAUCGCAAACCCUCAAACAUGCCACCCUUCAAGGAUGAGCAUAUCUUGUUGAUUGCGCCAGGUUCGCAAAUGACCCUGGCGCAGCUCGGCCUCCCCGAAACGUUCACGCCGGCGCGCUUUCGCUUCCCCACGCGCAUGUUCCCUGCCCAGAAGAAGGGAGAAUAUGAGCCUUACCAAAUUCGCGAACGUCGUCAACCAGUCGCAGCCACCAAUGGCAAUGGCGCGCCCAAGACCGAGCCCGUCAAGGCUGACGUCGAGAUGAAGGACGCGGAGUCCACUGGCCAAGAUGGCACUGAAAAGCCCGAGUCCAUUGAGAAUACAGAGAAGCCAGCCGGCGAAACUGCCGAAGGGGCCGAAAAGACCGAGACCCAGGAGACCUUCUACGAGGAGGACGUGACAUCCGAUGAAGGCGCUGUGUACCCAAUCAAGGACGGACGCAUUGUCGACUGGCCUUGCUUCUUCGCCCUCCUGACCCACAUCUACAACGCCCUGAGCCCUCCAUUCCACACCCCGAUCCUGUUGAUUGCGCAGCCAGUCUGGUCCACGCGCGACCGCGAGGCAAUCACCCAGUUCGUCUUCGAGAAGUUCAAGACGCCCGCGUUCACUCUUAUGGACGCUGCAUCUGCUACUUGCUACGGCUACGGUGUGGGAACCGCUACAGUUAUUGAUGUUGGCAAGAGCAAAGUGGACGUGACUGCGGUGACCGAUUUCCAGGUCAAUGAACAUGGCCGAGGUAUUGCACUGGCAGGAUGCGGUGGCGAUGCUAUGACUGAUCGACUCAUCGAGCUCCUGGGUUCCAAGGGCUUCACUCGGGAGAUGUGUGAACAGCUCAAGCGGAGCAAUAUCGCCGAAAUUCUAGCUCCUGGUACACCACUUCCCGGGGCUGCUGCUACUGCACGUCAGGGCACAAACCCGGCGGCGGCUGCAUCGACUGGUGGAACGAAUGGAAACGACUCUGUUCCUCGUGGCCUUGGCGAGGGUACCCAGACUGGUACUGAAACUAAUAGCGAAGAGGAUGAAGGUGUCCUCGACGUUGCUGCCAUCGUGAGCGGUGACACUACUGAGUAUCUUGCCAAGAUUGAGAAGGAAAAAGUCAAUAAAAAGGGGGCGGAGACCAAGCAGAAGAACGCUCCCAACCACCAGAAGGAGAAGGCGACCUUCCAGUUCGAGGAAUUCGUCCCAUUGGAUGAUGACAGCGCACCCACCAGUGGCUCCCGCCGGUACAUUCGGCACACUCGAGAGAUUGAGGUUGGCGCCGAGCGCUUCCUUUUGGCGACUCCUGUGCAAAAUGCUGGAGAGCGUCUGACUAGCGGCAUUCUCGAGGAUAUCGCAACCCAAAUUCAUCACACCAUCCUCGCCGUUCCGGAUGCGACCAAGCGCAGCGAGCUUUGGGAUUCCCUCAUCAUUGUUGGGUGCGGUAGCCGAGUUCGAGGCUUCGCCCAAGCUCUCCUUGGCGUCAUCACCCAGAAGUACAUCCUUUCUCCGUCUGCUACCAUUUUCACAUCUGAAAUCCCUUCCGCCUUCACAACACCCCUCCCAACUGGUGGCACCAACACCCCGGCGCCCACAGGCCAACCCGGCAUAAUGUACCACCCGGCGGCCCAUGGUGUUAACCCACUUCUCGUGGCUGCUACCCACAACAACCCCGGUAUGGCCGGCGCCACUCCUGGCACUCCGGGGAUGGACCCCAACAUGUCGGUGCACCACCGCUCGACCGGCCACUCGCAGACUCCCACUUCCGUCAAGUGUUUGAGACUGCCCGAUUACUUCCCCGAGUUCAAGCACGAAGGCAAUCGGAACGCCCCCGGUGCCAGCCAUGGCCCCAGUGCCACACAGGGCGGCCACGGCAUCGAAGAAGCCACCUUCCUCGGUGCUCAGAUGGCUGCUCGGGUCGUCUUCGUGCUCGACCAGGGCCUCUCAAAGGGCUUCAUGACCCGCAUUGAGUACAACGAGAAUGGUCCGUCGGCCAUCCACGAGUACUACCUGUGA